AUGGAACGGUUCGACCGAUAUGCCGACCAGGAUGGCCUGGGCGGGUCGCCCGAGGAGACAGCUACAAGCAACGGACAGCGCGACUCAGCCUCAGCUGCAGAGCGAUCCCCGCCCGCUUCCUCAUCCCCCGUGAAGCGCCAGGCCUCCAGCGACGGCACCUCCGAGCCCGCGAGCGCGUCGCCGCCUGCCAAGAAACAAAAGCCCGAUGAUGAUUUCGAUGCCGAUGCAGCAUUUGCCGCGAAACUGCAGGCCGAGGAAAAUUCGCGCGCUCGGCCCACUCGAGGAGGUAACACCCGCCGUGCAGCACCUAAAAAGAAAAGCAAGGCCAAGACUUCCAAGAGGGUGAAGGCCUCUGAUGAUUCGGAUAUCGGCUCUGGCGAAGAAUCCAAGAAGGAAGUUAACAGGAAUACCGGAUUCCAUAAACCACUUAACCUUUCUGAGCCACUGUCCGCACUCCUUGGAGAAGUCACGCUCUCACGGCCACAAACAGUGAAGAAAGUAUGGCAAUACAUCCGCGAGAAUGAGCUCCAAGAUCCCAGCGACCGUCGCCAAAUUCGAUGCGACGAUGCCAUGCGCGCUGUCUUUAAACAAGACCGCGUUCACAUGUUCACCAUGACCAAAAUUCUGAACCAGAAUUUAUACAACCCUGACGAAUAG